AUGCCGCUAAGCGGCAGAGGUGCCGAAGAGGCAUAUGCAGCCACUGCUGCUGGAUCUUUCGGAGGUGAAGAAUCUGUCACUGAGCCCUAUGUAGAUGUGUGGGGUGAUAGUCAACUUGGAGAAGCAGCAGCGGCAGCAGACGGAUAUGCAGUCACCGGUGAAUACCCGGACUACAGCGCAGCGGCAGCAGCAGGCCAAGUGCCAGGCAAAACCGACCAGCACGGGAGAGUCGAAGGGAUGUCCGUCAACGAGUAUCGCGAGUUGCAGAACGCCAGAGUGAAAGUUGUCUCCGGCGACUCUCUGCGAGGACCCCCGACUGGCGCCUCUACGUUCCGUCGUACACGUAGUGAAUGCGGUGAUGCUUGUCCUAUGGCGCAUAGGCGCGUGUGUGGCACGUCUUACACGUCGUGGCGGCAGCGGCGGUCUUACUUUCGCACGGGCGCGUCUGUGCGGCUUUUCGAUAUCACCGCGUACGAGAGGAUUCGUAUACGACGCUACCGACUACGUAAGACUAGAAGUGCCGGAGGGGCUGCGCCAAUAACUUUCACGCACAAGUCGCCUCCCGAGUGCUCUUUCAGGGUCCCGGGUUCCUACGCUGACGGCUGGCGCUACGCUCACGAGUUGGUGCGGCGGAGCUGCGAAAACCUUGCGAAAAAUAUGUAUGCGAAUGUCUGUGAUGCCUACGGCUACGUCCUUGCCGGUUUUGUGACAGUAUCCUCGUGGGUGCUGCGCCUGCGAUACCAUGCGGCCCUCUCCGAACUACCGUUACGUUGGGCUGUGAAAAAAUACGCGACAAUCGGCACUGACACGGGGCACCCUGCGCAGAUGGCUUGCCGAAGGGGCGUGCGGCCGAAACUGAGGCAGCUGCGCCACCUGCACUCUGCGCCACCUGCACUCGCCGUAGAUGGCGUGGCGCUACGUGUACUCUCGGGCUCUGUUCAGCCAUCGAAGCGGUAUAUAGAGGCCGGAGCUCGGACAUCGAAGACCUCUAGCACAUCACAGCUUCACGGUGGCGCCGACCACCUUGUGACCAUGGAUUACCGAAUUCACCUGCUCAGGCAUUUCUUCCUCCGCGAGGUUCUCCAAGUGAUGCUCUCGCCUUCCCAUGGUUUACGGCACCGAUGUAACGACGGCAUAGAAACGACAGGUGCGGCAAAGCUCAGCAGCGACAGGCGAAGUUACUUCCGCCCGGAGCAGGCUAACGAGAGAAGCGGCUCCGCCGCCGCAGCACUUGAGAAUGCAACUGCUAAUCAUAGCGUCGGCUACAUGACUGCGGUCCUUGUUUUCGCCGCGCGGAAGCUACCGUCCAGGCCGUGCUGCUGGAUGCUCGUGUCAGCAACCAUAGUGAAGACGGUGCCGGCCGCCUGA